CCUCACUCUUGCAGCCAACGCGCGAGUGGACCAACCAACUUGUGAUGAGUUAGGGUUUACUGGAGAGCAGAUAUGCAGCGACUGUGAUGUACUCGCGCAAUACGUGAAGGACGAGGAGCUCGUAGCAGACUGCAAAGCCUGCUGCGCCAAGGAUGCGGUGACCGUCAAGUACACAAAAGCGGAACUGCUUGUAGAUCAAUGGCGCCUAGGUGCAGCAAAUCAAGGACUUCAUCGACAAGCGCUCGAGCGCAUAUUUGCCUCAUCUUAAAGUGAGCUACACCAGUAAUGGGGCUGCCCCGCGGCUGCGCAUGAACGGACCAUCCGGCACAGAAACCAUCCGCAUUGACAAUUGGCGCGCCUCCAAUAUCGCGGAGUUCCUGGAUGAGCGAUUGGAACGCGGCGGAACGGCCAAGACCGCGGUCGCAUGAUCUACCGCUGCAAGCGCGCGAGAAAGGGACACGGCGGACAAAGCACUGCGGAGUUCCCUCAACUGUUUCGGGGAUGCAUGGGAUUCGUUUACCGCUGGCUUUCCCAGUCGACGUUGCGCAUCGAUAUUGCAUGGCAAAUUCAAAGAACGACCGCCAGGCAUGGCUGUAACG